AUGGGAAAGAACAAAUUAGAAGUGCUUUCCUUUCGUUUUUCUAUUCGGUCCAUUAUUAGCAUUUUCUUUCUUUCUUUCUUUCUUUCUUUCUUUCUUUCUUUCUUUCUUUCUUUUCUGUCCUCCUCCCGUCCUUUUUUUAGUUCUUUUUUAUCACAUUUUCACCUCCGAUCAAGUUCAUUAUUAUCUUUCUUUCUUUCUUUCUUUCUUUCUUUCUUUCUUUCUUUCCAAUUAUGUUUUUGUCAGCUUUUUUCCUCCGAUCAAGUUCAUUAUUAUCUUUCUUUCUUUCUUUCUUUCUUUCUUUCUUUCUUUUCUGUCCUCCUCCUGUCCUUUUUUAGUUCUUUUUUUUAUCACAUUUUCUCCCUGAGAAAAGUUCAUUAUUAUCUUUCUUUCUUUCUUUCUUUCUUUCUUUCUUUCUUUCUUUCUUUCUUUCUUUCUUUCUUUCUACACUUUUCUCUUUCUGUUUUCUCUCAAUGA